AUGACACCAAGCACUGACAGUCUGUCGCAGACAGGCUCUACGACUACGAUUGUUAGACCUCGGAAACAUAGGCCAAUUCAGGCUACAGAACUCACAACCAAAGACCAGACCUUGACCGAUGCAGACGUUUGGGGCCGCGCAGGACUUGGACGGUCGUGGCUGCGUUCUCUUGUUGGAGCUUCGCCGCUGUUUCUUGCGCCAAUUGGAUCGAUAUCCAUCUUCAUUACGCUCGCCCAAUACGAAGGAUCAUUCUCACUUUUUACAGCAGCAGUGAAAGAGCACGGCUUCUGGAAUAUCUGCGCGCAGUAUGGGCCUCAAAUUACCUUCAAGGGUAUUGCGGCAGUGAUAUUCUGGCUUGCCGUUCAGGCAGUUUUGUACAUCUUUCUCCCCGGUGAAAACCACCAGGGACAGCUUACACCGGCUGGAUAUCUUCUCGACUACAAGAUCAAUGGUCUCUCAGCCUGGAUCGUGACGCAUCUCCUGUAUGGCGGCCUCAGCUGGUUGGGGAUUUUGGAUCCUGGUUUCAUACCCCGCAACUGGAGCACUUUGAUUGGGGCUAUGAACUUGGCUGGCUUCGUUAUCUCGGCACUUGCUUUUGUCAAAGCAUACGUGGUGCCAUGUCAUCCAGAGGAUAGAAAGUUCAGUGGAUCCGCUUUAUAUGACUUUUUUAUGGGAAUUGAGUUGAAUCCACGACUGGGCGAUAAAUUUGACCUCAAGCUGUUUAGCAAUGGUCGUGCUGGAAUGAUGGUGUGGACUUUGAUAGACUUCUCCAAUAUGGCUUAUCAGUACCAAAAUCAGGGGUACAUUGAGCCAUCACUGAUUCUUGUGACAGCACUCCAGACACUAUACGUGCUGGAUUUCUUCAUCAAUGAAUCAUGGUACCUUCGAACGAUCGACAUUGCUCAUGAUCACUUUGGCAUGUAUUUGAUAUGGGGCUGCUUUUGCUUUCUACCGACAACAUACACGAUACAAGGACAAUAUCUUGGUCUUUACCCAUCAUCAGCCUCAACGCCCUACCUUGCAUUCUUCUUUACCCUCGGAGUAGCUGGCUACGUGCUCUUCCGCGUUGUCAAUCACCAAAAAGACAUGGUCCGACGAACAGGGGGAAAAUGCACCAUCUGGGGUAAGCCGGCUGAGUGCAUCUCAGCACGCUUCCGAACAUCGGACGGCAGACAGCACACGAGCUUGUUGCUCUGCAGCGGUUUCUGGGGCUGGUCCCGGCAUGCAAACUAUGUCGGGGACUUGUUACUCAGUUUUAGCAUGCUAUGCCAGGUCGUGUCUGUCGACGCAGAUAAAAAGACAUGUGUAGUAGAGCCCAACGUACCAAUGGAUCGGUUGGUCGAGGCAACAAUGCCAUACGGUCUCAUACCUCCAGUCGUGAUGGAAUUCCCUGGAAUCACAGCAGGCGGCGGUUACUCGGGAACAUCAGGAGAAAGCAGUUCUUUCCGACAUGGGUUCUUCAACGAGACGAUCAACUUUGUGGAGAUGGUUCUCGGUAAUGGAGAUAUCGUGAGAGCUUCGCCUGAAGAGCGAGGAGAUUUGUUCUACGGUGCUGCAGGUGCAGCGGGUACCUUGGGCGUUACAACAUUACUCGAAGUCCGACUUGUCGAGGCUCGGAAAUUCGUGAAAACAACCUAUCACCGAGUUGACAGUGUCGCCACCGCAGUAUCUGAGAUACGAAGAUACUGUGGGUUUUCUAAUAUUGACUACAUCGAUGGAAUUCUCUUUUCAAAAGCCCAUGGCGUCGUAAUAACAGGACAACUUACCGACUUCAAACCUCCUGAGUCUCAUCUUGUCACAUUCAGCAAUGCUGUCGAUCCCUGGUUCUAUCUACACGUACAAGAGAAGACAAAAGAUCUUCCGCCAACUUCUUCUAUCACUGAGUACCUCCCACUCGGCGAAUAUCUCUUUCGUUACGACAGAGCUGCCUUUUGGGUAGGCCGCCAAGGCUAUACUUACUUCAAGUUUAUACCAUUUAAUCGCUUCUUUCGCUGGCUUUUGGACGACUAUUCCCAUACUAGGACAUUGUACCACGCACUUCAUGCCAGUCGUAUUUCGGAACAAUUUGUCGUUCAAGACCUGGCACUCCCGUACGACACGGCUGAGAAGUUCAUUGACUGGGUUGAUUCUGAAUUCUGCAUCUGGCCUUUGUGGUUGUGUCCGCUUAAAGAAGUCAGGGUGCCCUCCUUUCAUCCCGUCACUAUCCGCACGAUAACGCCCGAGGUUGGUGAUGAUGAAGCCGACGUGUCACAGCCCAUGCUCAACAUCGGUGUAUGGGGUUGGGGCCCAAGAAAUGCCGUAGAAUUCAAGGCCAAAAACCGCGACCUGGAGAGGAAGUUGGCCGAUUUGAGAGGCCGAAAAUGGCUUUAUGCUCAUGCAUACUACACAGAGGAGCAGUUCUGGGAAUUGUACGACCGUUCCUGGUAUCAGAAUUUGAGGGAGCGUUACUUUGCAACGACCCUCCCAACAGUUUACGACAAAGUCAAACAAACUGAUGGGGGACCAGAUGGCCAGAAUGCUGGCGGGAGAUGGAAUUGGGAAUCUAUAUGGAAUAGAUGGCCAUUUGGGGGCCUUUAUGGAAUGUUGAUGGCAUUUAAUUCCGGGGAUAUCAGUCUUCAUAGGAGGGCGACCUGGAAGUAUAAGAGCGAAUAG